CUACCACUAGUGCGGAGGAAUACCUCAUCCAGCAAUCGAUGUGCGACGAUCCCUUCAGAGCCGAAGCAUGGCUGAUCACGGCCAAGACGCUCUUCCCAAAUAGUUUCGCGAUCCAGUUCGCCAUGUACGACAUGUACAAAGGAACCCAUCGGAGCUCCGACGCCGCACGUGAGCUGGCAAAUUUGAUGUCGACUUUCCCGAGCGAACAAGGACUCGCCUCAGAGAUGAAAUCCAUAGCGGGCGCCAUACAGGACAGCACGACGGUCAUCGAUUCUUCGCGCCAGCUUGUUGCUAUAUUCAAACACAUGACUCCCGCCGUCCAAUACGAUCUCCUACUCUCAGUUUGCGAUAAUGCCAUCGACAUAACUGAACGAUGUCGUUUUCUGUUGCUCGUAAUGCGGAGAUUUCCAGAGAGCACCGCGAAACUCGGCCCCCCGCUCAUUGAAGAAUUACUAAGCAAUCAGAAUGAGUCUCAGAUCCCCGUGAGCAUCCACAGGAAGCUCCUUGUCUGCGAUGUGUUGCCUCUGAUUUUACCGCGACUGCAACUCCCGGCGAAACUCGUCGUGGAGCUGUUAGAGCAUUCCCUAGUCUUCUACGUGCGCUACAUGAGCUCCAGCGAUAAAUAUCUAGACUUGCCCAUGGAGCCGAAAGAACUCUGGGAUCGUCUGUUUAACCUGACGCGUCUAAUCGCACAAAAACUGGAUUGGAACCUCGCCGAUCUGCUCGAGACUACUAACAUUUCGGACAGUCAACUGUCUCGAUUGAAGAGCUUCGGGGUUCCUCGAUCUAGCAUCGGUAUCGUCGACCUAUCGAAAUCGAGAGUCGUUGCCGAUGACGAGAUCCAAAGGUUCUACAUCACUUUGGUCCUAUUCCUGCGCUCUGUACAUUUUUACGGUCGCUUCACGUCCGUAAUGGACGAUCUUCCCGGAUGUGUGCUUACAGACUUUCGGGAAACGCAUCCUCAGGUACCAAAGAAGAAGAAAAUCGAUCGGGGCUCUAAUCAGCUCUCGGCUAGCAAGCACUUAUCGGGGAACAUAGCUUUUUCUUUGAUCAAUCACUUCCAGACCGCGGUGAAGACUUGGAGUUUACUCAUAAACUACAAGGAAGACUUCGACCGACUGUCGGAAACUGUUGGUUUGCCGGAAUGGCCGUUCUCGAAAAUAUUCUUCAUCGACUCUAAGAUUUAUCAUGGUCAACAUGACGAGGCCAUUCGAAUGCAGUGCAAUCUCAUGGUGACGGCAAAAACGGGGCUCCACGAACGUCUCACGGCGAAUGUCCGUUUGGCAAGCUGUUUCUUCGCGACCGGUGAUCGGCAGAACGCGCUAGCUCGGGUUCUCGAAGUAAUCACGGAUCUGCCGGAGACCGCUCCUGAAUCGGGUGAAAGCACUGGCGGGUCGACACUGUCCAGUGCUCGGAAUUUUUGCGCGCGGGUCCCCGAAUCAAACCAGUUAUGCUUCAUUCUCUGUUCUCGAGUCGAAAUUCUGCGAUUUUGUGUUCGUCUGAUAAUGCUUUGUCUCAAGGAUCGUAUCGCCGAUCAGAGAGACGAUUCGGCGAUGGGACAUCUAAUCGUACUCUGUCAGUCCGAAUGGCCUACGUAUGAGACUCAGUUCCAUCAACUGAUUGAGAACAUCCGUAAAGUGAAAGCGUUUUCCUAUCCUCUUUUCAUGACGUACAUCGUUCUCCCUGAUAUUCUCGAGGAAUUCGCUUACUUGGCAACUCAACCCAGCCUUGAGCUGGAGAAUAGUCGCUUGCAGCUUGAUCUCUUGCCACCAGCACCGGGUUUGGGAGCAAGGUCACGAACGGUCACGAGGGGAGUCAACAGGGGGGCGAAGGAAGACUUACGAUUGGCCAUGGAGAAGCAGAUGGCUCGUUCUGAAGAGGACGUCGAUCAGAUCAUCGUAUCGUUUCUCUUGAAUGAGGGGAAACUCAUCUUGGGAAAAUGAGGCUUUGAAUACUGGAAUCCUAGUCGGUCAUCACGAGACUAGACACGAUGGCUAUCGCGUGUUUCGAGAUUUAGGAGGUUGGGUGUUAUUGGUCAGCGAAUAAAUGUUCACGACGACUAGAGUAAACCUGUGUAUUGCUGCAUUCUGGCCGCCUGCUUGCCCAAGACUCCCUCGAUUACGGCGAAUCGACAGUGUUUCGAAUGGAUGAAUAGGGAUAACGGAUGGAGCUAGCUGCCUUACUGAGCUUCAACAGUUGUUGAAAUAUUGUUAUUUUCUUUAUU